AUGUCGGAACAAGAACCGUCUUCUGCCGACCUCGCCGCCCGCGAGGCCGAAGAAAAGCAACGCAAAGCCGCCGAAGAAGCUGAGCAGGCGACCCUCCCCUACAAAUGGACACAGACGAUCCGCGACGUGGACGUCACGAUACCCGUCUCUGCGAACCUGAAGGGACGCGAUCUGGACGUCGUGCUCAAAAAGGACAGCAUUAAGGUUAAGGUCAAGGGCGAGAACGGGGAGGUCUUUAUUGACGGCCAAUUUCCGCACCCCAUCAAACCGUCUGAGUCUUCCUGGACGCUUGAAACAACGUCUAAACCUCCCGGCAAGGAAGUCAGCAUCCACCUUGACAAAGUCAACCAGAUGGAGUGGUGGGCGCACGUUGUCACCACCGCGCCGAAGAUCGAUGUCAGCAAGAUCACGCCGGAGAACUCGAGUCUGAGCGACCUGGACGGUGAGACCAGGGCGAUGGUUGAGAAGAUGAUGUAUGAUCAGCGGCAGAAGGAGAUGGGAGCGCCGACCAGUGAUGAGCAGAGGAAGAUGGAUAUUUUGAAGAAGUUCCAGAAGGAACAUCCUGAGAUGGACUUUUCGAAUGCGAAGAUUGGUUAG